AACAGAAAUUUUAGAAGUUAUUCUUCAAAAUUUACAAUAUUUUUAAAGCAGAAAAAAAUAAACAUAUUAUAGUUUUAAAAAUGAAUUGUUCUUCGGAAAGAACAUCAGAAAGUGAAGAAGAGUGUACUUCUUACAAUCGAACGAAAAGUCAAUUUGAUAAUACUAAGGAUUUUGAUCUACUUGACAGUGUUGCUCUGCUUCGUAUCUACAAAAAAAUUGAAGAAGAACCAAGUGUAAAUAUAAUAAAUAGCAUUGACGUACCGUAUGUUACGAGUGAACUCAGCUGUAAUUUUAGACGUAAUGUUAAAUGUUCUUUUGGUGUUACUGAUAAACGAAAACAUGCCAUUCAAACAUUAUAUUGUGACGAUGAAAUGAAUCUUAGACAAUUAUAUUCAGUUGAGAAAUCCGCUGAAAGAGGUAAUGUUUUAUGGAUUCCAGAUAUAUAUGGAAAUCUUCCUGAGUAUCUUCUGGUUGCUAGUGAAACUUUACGUUUAUAUGAAGAUAUGGACUCGAGUUUAAUUUUCAGGGGAGAAUUUGGAAAUAAUCAUCGAAAUAAUCCAAUAGUUUCCUGUGGAUGGUGUUCUCAUGAUCCUCAGUAUAUAUGCAGUGUGCAGUUGAAUGGUUCCUGCAAUAUAUGGUCACUAGAAAGAAAAAACGAAGUCAUUACUUUCGACCUUCAACACUUUUAUAAUCCAAAUUGGAAUAAUGUUAACACUAAUGUAGGAAUGUGUUUUUAUCAAGGUAGUUUCAAGCAUUGCUUUUUGACAUAUAGUGACAACAAAGUGAAUCUUUUAAAUGAUGUAAGAUCUCCCUCAAGUUUUCGCGUAUACAAUUUCGAGAAUAGAAUUUUUAGGGUUAAAUGCUCAACUAAUAGCCCUUGGAUUGUUGCAUGUGCCGAAAGGAAAAAUAUUUCAUUAAUAGAUGUCAGAUAUCCUACUACAGUAAUUGCUUCAAUGUCUUCUUUUGAUCCACUUGAAGAUGCAAGUUGUUUUUCAUGGUCUUUAUAUGAUGAGAUAGCAAUUGGAACUGAAAAAGGAAAAGUCUUAUUAUGGAGUCCGAGAAAACACGAACUUUUCAAAGUGAACAGCGGUUUUGGAUACAUUCACACGAUCGAAUAUUAUCAUGAAGAAAAAGACGUUUUGUUUGUUUGUCAUUAAUGUCAUAUUCUAUUUUAAAAUGUAGCUUUAAUUUUAUACUACUGCAUACUA